AUGCAGCGCUUCUGGAGCAGCCGCUGGCUGGCCCCGGCGACUUCCCUGGGCCUGGGCCUGGGCCUGGGAGCGGCGCUGACCGGGAGGCGGCUGCAGCCGGGCCCGGAGGAGGGGGCGGCGGCGGGGGGGCUGCUGGCCCGGCUCCCGGUGCUGCCGGGGGCGGCGGCGGCUUCCCUGCCGGCGGGCGGGGAGCUGGCCAAGUACGGCCUGCCGGGGCUGUCGCAGCUGCGGAGCCGGGAGUCGUACGUGCUGUGCUACGACCCGCGCGGGCGGAGCGCCCUCUGGGUGGUGGAGCGGCUGAGCGCGGCCGGCCUGAGCGGCGCCCCCGAGCGGGCCGCCUGCGCCUUCCGCGAGGACGACUCGGUGCACGAGUACCACCGCGCCACCAACGCCGACUACCGCGGCAGCGGCUUCGACCGGGGCCACCUGGCCGCCGCCGCCAACCACCGGUGGAGCCAGAAGGCCAUGGGGGACACCUUCUACCUCAGCAACGUCGCCCCCCAGAAUCCUCAUCUGAAUCAGAAUGCCUGGAAUAACCUGGAGAAAUACUGCAGGAGUUUAACCAAAUAUAACAAGAAUGUCUACGUCUGCACUGGACCACUUUUUCUACCCAGGAUGGAGGCAGACGGGAAGAUGUACGUGAAGUACCAGGUGAUCGGCAAAAGCCACGUGGCCGUCCCCACUCACUUCUUCAAAGUGCUGAUCCUGGAGAAGCCCGGCGGAGAGAUUGAGCUGCGCUCCUACGUCAUGCCCAACUGCCCCGUGGACGAGAAGCUCCCGCUGGAGCGCUUCCUGGUGCCCAUCGAGAGCAUCGAGCGGGCGUCGGGGCUGCUCUUUGUCCCCAACAUCCUGAAGAGGACGAGCAACCUGAAAGCCAUAACGGCUGACGGGACGGGGGACUGCCUGUCAUUGCAGCGGAGCCAUAGAAGUUUACAGUAGUGCUUCCUCAAGCUGGUUCUGCAGGGGAACUAAUUUUCUGUCCAGCUGCCCUUUAGGGAGGCCUUGUGAUACAGCCUGACUGCUGGUUCUAGAUCUGCUCAGGACCUGUUAGGGCAGUGAUAUGCUCUUCCUUUUGGCCUCAAGAUAGCAGAGUCUAGCUGUUGGGCUCCGACAUCAGGGAGAUGCCUGGAGCUCUACAGCUAUGGGGGAGGCAGGCCUGAGAAGGCCAGACCCAGUGCCCUUAACAGCCGAUUGCUGUUUUAAGGGCAUCCACUGGAAGGGGGCUGAAAGCAACCUAGUUUUUAGUGGCCGACAGCGAGAGACGUGUGCGGUUCUGAACUCUCCGUGUUUCUUUCUUACAAAGCCAAUGUGGAGGUGGUUUUUAUUUUUAUUUUCUUUGCAGAAGGCUAGUCAGUGGACGAGGGGGGGUUUAACCCUUUCUCCCUCUCACUGCCUCUGCUCUGCAAACACCCCCUCCCCGUUUUUAUUGCAGCUGGUCUCCAAAUAAACUGAAAAUAAACUUGGUGGAGGUAAAGCAGUGAGUGGGUGGGGGACUUGGAAGACUUACAAAGGCUUACAUAUUCCUUCGGCCCUUGUGGUUGUGUUACCUUUGCAAACAUGCGCUAGCUUCCUCUUCAUAUUUGCCACAGCUCAUCUCAUGGAAUGGAACCCAAGCUGAUUUUCCUACCAGUCCCUGCAAACGCGGUUUCUGAGAAUAAAAUAAGGUGAAAAGACCAAA